UCAUACUGCUUGACAAUUCACUCAGAUAGAGACUGGCCAGAGUUUAUCUUCAUAAGCACAUGAAUAAUGGAUCAUGAAAAUUUAGCAACAUUGGAUCCCUUUUCUACAGCUUAUGAGACUAAUGAUACAACAGAAAUCAUGGAAGACUAUAUGCCAGUAGAUAGUGGCAUUUGUGAUAAAAGUUGGGUGAGAGAGUUCCGUGCCACAUAUGAACCCCCUCUUUACUGGAUCAUCUUUGCAGUGGGAGCGAUAGGCAACUUACUUGUUGUGUGGAUCUACACUACUGUACGAAACCAUCUUAAAACCAUGACGGAUGUCUACUUGCUAAACCUGGCAAUAGCCGACCUGCUCUUCCUGGGUACCCUCCCAUUCUGGGCUGUAGAUGCCGCCCAGGGCUGGAUGUUUAGUGUCGCUGUCUGCAAGGGAGUUCAUGCUGUCUACAAGAUCAAUUUUUUCACUAGCAUGCUGCUGCUUACUUGCAUUAGUAUAGACCGCUACAUAGCAAUAGUCUGCGUAACUCAGGCUCACAACUUUAAAAACAAGAGAAUAUUCUACAGCAAGCUGGCCUGCCUGUUUGUGUGGCUGCUCUCAUGUCUUUUGUCUCUUCCCGAGUUUCUUUUUGCUACGGUGAAGACAAACCAGCAAGAGGAAUCCUUCUGCGGUCUGGUUUAUCCCUCUGGGGACAAAAACCUGACUAAAAUCUUGGUGUUGUCCCUGCAGAUCUCAGUUGGCUUUUGCCUACCUCUACUGGUCAUGAUCUCAUGCUAUUCUGUCAUCAUCUACACCCUGUUACAGGCUCGCAAUUUUGAGAAGCACAAAGCACUAAGAGUAAUCUUUGCCGUGGUGGCAGCCUUUGUCCUCUCUCAGAUGCCUUACAAUGGGCAUUUGAUUGUAGAGGCAACGCAAGCUUUUAAUGUGACCAUGACAAAGUGUGAUGAUGUAAAGACCUUCGAUGUUGCUGGGCAGGUUGUGAAGAGUCUGGCCUACACACAUUGUUGCCUGAACCCCAUCCUCUAUGCUUUCAUUGGGGUACGCUUUCGGAAGGAUCUGCUCCAUCUGUGCCAGUGCUUGACCUCAGGGCUUGGUGGCAUCAACAAAGUGCAGUCAAUUCCCAAGAGACCAUCUGUCAUGUCUGACACAGACACCAUACCAGCAUUGUCUUUGUAGUCUCUUGUUAACCAGUUGCCUUUUCCCUGUUACUUCCACUUAAAAGCUUAUCUAUCACACACCAGUAGAGCAGCGUUUCUCAACCUUUUUUCAGUCACGGCACCCUUCAGAAGUAUGCAAAUUCUCAAGGCACCCCCAUAUAAAAUAUACACAGUCACGCUGACCAUACACUGACCCCGGCAGUGACGUUGUGACAUGGGAAAGUGGGAAAUUUGUGAGACAAAUUUUGAUGAUGCAUGAGGCGGCGAUGAUCUGCAUUAGUGUAACUAUCGUUUUUUUGAAUUUUAAUUCGUUUUAUUUAUUUUAAUGUUAGAAUAUAUAAUUUUUUGACGGCACCCCUAACAAAGCCAGACGGCACCCCGGUUGAGAAAGGCUGCAGUAGAGAACUGUUAAUAGCGUCUCUGUUUUAGUCUCUCCACGCAGAUGUCAAUGCAUUCUAAAUAACAAGUUAGAUAACCGUUUGGACAGUGACUGCAAGCUUAUAAGAUGACAAAAACACAGUCCUCAAAUUCACAAGGUAUUCUUGCAAGAAAGGAUCUUCUCAAAUACAAACCCUGACCGUGUACAAUGCUUGUUUAAUAUGAUUCAACACACUAUUGUUCAUGUGUAGCGUCCACUGAUAUGGAGUUUCUGAAAUUAACAAGUGGCUCUUAGCAUGAGCACUGUAAAUUCUGUACUUAAUUUAGGGGUAAAUUUGCUUUGUUAGAAGAAGAAUUUUAGUUUUAUGAAAAUAUAAAAAUGUAGCCCUUUUUUCUUAGUAAUUGUAGUUAUGC